UGAAGUUUCUUGGCCAUCACUCUGAAUACUUGCUCUGAAUAUCUGAAGCUGAGGAAAAAUUUUCAGCAACUACCGCUAUUUAAGAAUAGGGAAAGUCAAACUCAUGUUAAAACUAACCAAGAAUACACUCUUUGAUUUGAAAGGGCUUACUGGAUGUUUAUUAUCCAGGCCAGAUAGAGAAUGAGAAGCAAAUUGUGGCCUCUCUCUGCAAUAGCAAAAGUUUAUACAGUAAAACCUGAGUUGAGUUGAACUUGGAUGGAAAAGCCAAACCUUCAGCAAAAUUAUUUUCUUGGGUUGGAAUUGGGCUCAGGGAUUUGCUUCUGUACACACAUGCUUUUCUGCUUGGAAGUCAUCUUGUGGUCAUGUUACACUUUUCUUAUGAGAAGACAAACUGUUCAGCUGGGUCAGGUAUGUCCAUUUAGGACAAACACUGCUUAAUGAAACUUGCAGUUUGCCAGAUACAAGGAGUGCUGUACCAUUUGAACUUUGCCUGCAAAUUUCACUCAGUUCUAUUUACGGCACUAUUUUCCAACUGUUGGGAAAUUGUUCAUAGAAUGCUUGUAUUGUCUCAUGGACUGCUGUUUUUGCCAAAAGUUGACUUCUUCUAGAAUUUUUCACUUGGAAAUUCAGUAGAGUGAUCAUGUAUGCUAUGAAUAAUAAGGAGGAGAUAAAAGAGAAAAAAUAUUUUCUUUGAAUCCAAAUUUGAGCUGGAUUACAGAAGAAGACAAAUACAGGGGAAGUAGUUUUUUGUGGAUCAGUUGAUGAAUUCAUGUUCCUUCUACCUGGCUUUUCAUGCCUGAAAUGAUGAAGACACUGUGCGUGUGUACUACAAAUAAACUUAAAAACCUGAUCUACAAACACCUCUGGCAAAGCACAUGCUUAACUGAAACUUGCCUGGUGGAGGUUGACUCAGGGAUGUAGGAAGGAGGUGGGGAAAGAGCAAGUGGGAGGAAAUAAAUGGAACCUGCUACUAGAAAAAAAGCCACUUGUUUGUGAUUUUUAGGCUGUCCAAGCUCUUCACAUCUCAGCUUUGGUAAAUCCCUGCUGACUUUCUGGAUGUUUGUCCUUGGCAUGCAUAUGUAUGUGUGUUAUCAAAGCUGUAUGAACACAUUUACUCAACCUGGUAGAAUAAGAUCAGAUAUUUUAGAACUGUGGUUGAUUCUCCAGUUCUAGAAAUCCAAAUAUCUCCAGUUGACAGUCUCCAAUUAAUAAGACAAUAUAAUUUCAACAAGUCCUGUCAUCUUAAUUAAUUUUUAUACAUUCAAUCCUCAUUUUAUGUUAAACGGACAGUACUUUUGAUCUGCAUAGAACCACAGGGUUUUGGGAAGAUGGAGCUCUUUUGGGUUUAAAUUUCCCUGGUGGUAUCUCUAAUCUGCACUGCUGCUGACUCAGAGCAGGCCAGUCUUGAUUGCUUGCUUGUUUUUCAAAGAUGUGUGAAAACAUCAUACAUCUCUGAGGAGGGCAAAUAGGUUUUCCACACUAGAGCUUGUUUAUAUCAGCCACUAAAAGGUUAAACACAUUGCCCAGCUCUGAAGAAGCCUGUUUUUAGGAAGGCAUUAACAAGAAUAAAGUUAUGCUGCAGACACAAGCUGAUGUGCUUGCAGCAAAGAUUGCAGGCUUAUCAGUAAAGAUAAACAUGCAAAAGCUUCCAAAUCUGUGUGCCCUGCCACAUGUUUGGGGUCCUUUUUCAGAGACCAAAAGAAAAUACAAGAUAUUCUCCAAGAUAAAUGCUACUCUGAAAAGGGCAGCCAGAAGGGAAAUCAAAAACAAAAGAAACAGAGACCAUGUAUUACUACAUGGUUUAGAACAGGUACAGGUGAUAUAUUAGCUUACCUGAUUCAAAAUACUACUCGAGACCUUGCAGUACCAUGUGGGUUGGCUCUUUCCACCCAAUCAUCAGCCUUUCACUAAGUGUCCAAAUGCUGGGCAAUGCUGUGUUUUGUUGUCCUCAUUUACUUGCCAUGGCUGAUUUCUGCCUGUGGCUUCCUUCUGCUGAGCAAUCUCCAGACUUUUCUAUCCAUUUGUUAGCCAUCUCCUACAAAUACUUUAAUUUUUUUUUUUAUAAUUUUAUUUUAAUCCUGCUGCUGAGAAGAGGGGAAUGGAGAUAGUUUCUUUAAAAGAAUGGAAUAAAAAUGCACAGUGUUGGCUACAGAAUUUCCUGCUACAGAACAGAUCUCCUGAGUUGUCUGCAACGGCAGUCCCAAUCAUAUUAUUAGGUACAAAUACGGUGUAGCCCUGCAUAUAUUGUGCUUGUCUUUAUUUUCCUCUUCUCCCACUUCUAUUGUCAGCAUUACAAAACAGGAGAUGCAGAAAUCAAGCAAGUUGCCUUUCAGAUCAAAUUCAAGAGCCUGAAAUUUAAAAUGCAGAAAUUAUUCCAGAUGGGUGAGUACGGGCACUCUGUUUCUGCCCAGGAAAGUCUGUGCUAUUCUGAAAUCUCAGCCUGGGUCCCUCUGUUUUGCCACAGCAUCUGAUUGACACCUACAUGUGUGUGGCCCUUUUAUACAGGGGUGGACUUAAGUUUGAAAAUCCGGACAUUUUUAGACUGUGAGAACAGUUGGUAUGGUGUUUCCACUUGUAUUUUAGUUUGUAAAAAUUAGAUUAUUUAAAAAGAGAGUUUAGCAACUAACUACAAAAAAAUCAGAGAGGUGAACAGAUUGUAAUCGUUAUAAUUAGUUUAUCUCAGUAGAGUGAUUCUUUGAAUUUGAAAAGAGGGAUUUGUACAAUUUUAAAAACUCUUUUCAGCUUGCAAUGUGAUAGAUAAAGUUAGUUCUGAGAAUGUGAAAAUGUGGGCUCCAUGUGCUAAAGCACAUUUGAAAAGAGGUGUGAGUGAAGGGGCCGAGGUUGGUGUGAACGUCAGACUUCCUGCCUUCUGCACUUUCUGUGCCACAGCUGUAGUAUGUUUGUAGUGUGGCACUUCUUUUAAAAAGGGACUCUGAAUUAACCCAGCCUUUCAGAAGAAGGCUAGCUGCAGCCAGAAAUUCUGGCCCAAUGCAGGAUGACAAGAGGAAGAGCUUUGUUACUAGCUUGUGUUUGAUCUCAGCUGCUUUUUUUUUUGCUCUCAGUAGCAUGCUAAUGAUACCUGUGGGAGGUGAAAAAUGACUGAAUUCCUGCUAGGGUGUGGACAACUUUGCAGUUUAGUUCUUCUCCUCUAGUAAAAAUUUUGGGGGCUGCCCCAGAUACAUAAAAAGGAACUUUUUCACAGAACUGUCUUCUGACUUACAUCUGCUGAGGACUCUGAAUCAGAAAGACAGUAAGCAAUUGACUCAAUUUGUUUUGUCUCCUUUCCCCCUUUCCCAUGUUUGAAAUGAUGCGUAUUUAUGGGAAAUGGCUGCCCUGAAAGUGUAGGACAAGUCUGAGCUGCCCAUAAGCUAUUUGCUUGCUACAGUUCAGAUUUGCUUUGUUUAUUUUGAAGCUUAAAGCUGAAAUACUGAGUACACCCUGAAUUGCCAUUCUGUUUCAAAUGCCAAAAUUGCCACUUUGUCAUUUUUUAGAUGUAAUUCUCCAUGUAUUACCCCACUCCUGGUAUCAGAGAAACCAGUCUGGGUGGGUAAACUGCACCCUGGUCAGGAGAACAGGGCAACAGUGAAACAGAAGGGUGACAAAUGUGGAGGCAAACAUGCCCCACUUUCUAGUGCUUCCCAGGCAGAAGGUCUGAAAGUCUUCGAUAAGGAAUGGAACGAGACCCAAAAGGAUGGGUGGGCCCCCAGAGAAGGUGAUCUGUGUGCUAAAAUAUCUUGCUUCAGCUUUGCAAGGAGCAGUGUGCAACUGCUUCAGAGGGAGGGCUAGCUGUGGUUUGUGGUUUAGGGAGUUGACACAAAUAGUCUUUGGACCCUUUUUAUGGGCCUGCGAAGGAGAGAGCUGCUCAGGGAACUGGAGCCUAUUCUCCUUGAUUUCUUGCUUAGCAGGUUCAAGGCUGUUUUCAGCGCAAGCAAUCAUGGCUGUCAGAAAACCUCCCAGCUUAAGAAGUAGGGUUUAGCAUCCUGCGUAGCUUAUGCUAUGCUGAAGUUAGAUUAUGCUCGACAUGUCUGUAAUUAAACACUUGGGUUUGAGUUUCUGUCUUUAAACAACUGUUGCAAACCAGCAGUGAGUAUUGUGGCAGGCAUCUACGACAAUGUUUCUGUGCCAAAGAACCACAGGGUAGGCUAGGCUUUUUUUUUCUUCUUUCAGUCAGUGAACUGUGUAACUUUUUUUGUGGACAGAAAAUACAGAGCAGUGUAUUGACCUUCAUUGCUGAUCAAACUUCAGUUGCACCCAGAUAUAACUGAUAGCAGGUCUUACCUGGAUUUACUUUCUCUCAAUGCACGUAGCUGGUCACAUGGAGAGGAAAUGAAAUACCUCAGUAAUGUAUGCAGCAGGAAUGCCUGGAUGGAAUAAAGAAAACAAAGUGUGUCAGAAGGGAAAAAGCACUGCAAAUCUUUCAAAAUCAGUAAGUGAAAAUUUCUAUUGUUCAAAUAUUUCCUUCUGCAUGAAAGGCUGAUGCUAUACCUGAUAAAAGUCAUCCAGGUAGAGAAACAAAAAUAUCAGCAUGCCUAAUGAGUAGUACUGUGCUCCUUGUACUUGGCAAAGCAUUGGUUAUGCUAAUCUCCCAGUGUGCUUUCCUUCCGAUGGAAUGUUUUUCUAUAGGGAUGACCAGAAGUAAUCUUAGUGAUAUCACAAAUAAGUCUGUUUGCUUAAGACAGCAUAUAUACAUCUUAUAAUGAUUUGGUUGUGUGCCUCCUUUGUGGGAGGAUCCCUGAACUUAUACAGAGAGGAACAAGUUCUAAUUAACUUAAUUCUGGGAACAGGAGGUGGUAUGACCUUUUCCAAAGCAAUUCUUUCAGACUAGAGUUUAUGGAGAAGUAUUUACUAGACCUGAUGCCCGAGUUUCCUACAAAAACAAUACUUAUUCCCUAGAGUGGCUGAGGAAGAAAUUAAUCUGUCCCUCUGGUUUCGGUUCACAGUUCCUUGCCUAAAGAUUGCUGGCACUGUGGCAAGAUCUGCGAUACUUGGUGUCAAUAUACGGUUCUGUUUUCUAUCUUAUCUUUUAGCAGAACAUAGCAAGUAGAUCCAAGUGUUUAUAGGCUGUUGUUUUGGUGACCACUCAGCUUGUGUUGUGAGCAUCCAGUCUUUACUGGAGGAAAUUAAUUUUGGGGGCUUUUUUUCUUCCCUUGGAUAUCAAGAUGUUGUCUGCCCUGGGCAUCUUCCAAAUUCCUCCCCUUUUUGACAAGUAAAUGUUAAGUAUCCUUAACCCCAUCCUGCUAUCUGGUUGCUGCACUCUCUCUGAGCGGUUCAGGAACACAAUUACAACCACUCUGAGGUACCAAUGCUGUUCAAUUUUUGUUCUUGUUACCAGUACUGAGAAAUGUGUUCCAGUGGCCCCAGGGUAGACAAAUCCAGAGGUAGCCACGGCAUAGCUUUAGCAGCAACUGUGAAAAGCAAAAGCUGUGGAGACCUAGCUGGGAUCAGCUGGACAUGGGACCAUCGUUGUUCUCCUGGUGAGAAACUGAGCUGCAUGCAGGCCUCACAGAGCAGGCAGGACUCUCUGGCUGGCCACAUCUCCAGUUUGCAAAGCUUCCAGGAAGCCCUGGCUGCUGCACAGUGGGCAGAAGGUGACUGUGAAGUCUCACUAGUCUGAGAGAGGUAAGAAGUCAGCCAAUGAGACAAAAUUAUCUUCAUGAUCCUUAGUUCCUGCUCCCUGUCGUCUUCUAAUGUUUCAAAAACAAGCAAACAAGCAAACAAACAAACAAACUCAAAAACUAACAAAGCAACUUUUCCCAAUUCCCCACCAUUGCCCCCAGGAACAAGCCCCAUAGGUUUACUGAACCCUUCAGAGAAACAAACAUAAGCACCUCUUUGGAAAACAGUGCAGAGGCCCACGGCCAUCCCGCAUUUCUGAGGAGGCUGUGGCUUCUUUCUGCUCCUGCUGGGCCUGGUCACAGCUCCCCAGGCAAUGGGACUCACGCCAUGGGGCUGCGCCAGCACACCCAGCACUGUGCCCUCCCCGAACCCAUCCAGAGCCAUGCUUUGUGCUUGGUGUGCUUGGGAGAUGCUUAGGAAAACAGAUGCGGCACCUUUACCAUGCAGCAUUCUGCUCCAUAGCUGAAGUGUUGCCAGGUUAUCCCCAUCUCAUUAACAUAAUGGAGGAAACAGCUGCCACAUCCCCAUCCCACUUCUUGCCAACACACUGCCACCAGGGCAGGAAAUGGUUUGGUAAUGAAGCUAGGUAAGGGGGAUUUAUUUAGAUCAGAAUUGAGUGAAAAUCUCCAUUUCCCAGUUGGUUUGGCCCCUAUUUACAAAGACCUAUUGCUAUAUGUACAUAGAAGAAAGAUCUACAUGACUGAAAAUGUGCCCUGCUAAUAUUAAAAGGUACACUGUGGAAUUUUGCCUAAGGAUAAAAUGUAAUUUUAAUUGAAAGCUGCUGUAACUUGAUAGGGAAUAUCAACAACAGUCUUGAGGAUCUACUUUAACAAAUAGUUAAACACAGAGGCAACUCCCACCACUCCGUCUCUCAGAGCUACAUGCCCUCUUUGAUCCAUCCAUGAUGCUUAUGAUUCCUCAGGGACACACACACUGCCAAUAGGCAAUGCUCAUUAAUAUUUAUAUGAUGCCUUCCAUCUGAAGAUGUGCGCUUUGAGAUUAUUAAUUAAAACUAUUUCACAAAUCCAUGAGAUUUAACUCAAUUUUUCACAAAACUGAGACCCAGCGAGUUUGAAUAUCCUGUCAUGAGGAUGGAAUGAGAUGAGGAAAGACAAAGCUUGCGAGCAUGGACUCCUAUCAUGCUGUAUUUAUUUGUAUUUCAUGGGACAGUAAGAUGCACAUGUAUCUGUAGUACCUUGGCAAUACAAAAAAGGUGAGCAAAGGGAACUUACUCCUUUUUGGUUCUUCACACUGUAUUUGGCCGCUUUUUAAAAGCUUCUUUAAAAACACAGCCUGGGAAUGACUUGCCAGCCAUGCAGACAAGGGAAUGUGUUAGACUCUUUGCUGGCAUGCUGUGUUUUAGUUCCAGUAUAAGGACAGACAGAAGAGAUGGGGGGCUUAUAAUUCAAGCCUGACAUGGGCACUCCCUUCCUGGUCCUUCCUGGUGCAUAUGGAAGGAAAGAGCUUGGCUGAGCGUGACUUUGAUAAUGGAGGGAGGGCUUGCUACGCGAUUAAACCAGUUCACUGUAAACACCUAAGUUGCACAAGUGGCUCAAACUUUGAUCUUUUAUGCUGAGGAAAAGAAAUCUGAGACUGCGAAACCUGCCCUCAGUUACAAACAAGGAGGUGGACAUUACUCAAACCCAACUUGGGAAAUAUAAAUACAGAUAAAUGAGAUCAAAAUGGAAAAAACAUUUCUUCCUUCUUCAUCCUUUGCUGCCUGGUGUAGUCUGCAUGCACCAUGGGCUCCUACUCUGACUUGUCUAGCUCUGUUUGUGAAAGCAGGCUCCAAUCCCACACCUGAAACGCCCAAAUCCAAAUGCUCCCAAAUACUGUCUGGGAUAAGGUUUAAGCCACAGGUGCAAUUAAGCUUUUAAGUGGUAAGCCUAUUUGGUUAGGGGCACACCUAGAGCCUAAAACAUGCCAAGAGGAAAACGAUCAGUCUUUCAAAUUGACAGGCGGUUCCCAAAAUACUGCUUGAAGGGUUAAGAAGAAGCUACAGCAUUCGUAAUUCUCCUGGUAUUUAUUGUAGCAUGUAUCUGAACAAGUUUUCUGUGGAUGCAUCUGGCUCCCCUAGUGAAGUGGGACUUGUUUUCAAUUACGAAUCUGGCAAUGGAUUGUCAAAAUGAUGGUGUUGCUAAGGCCCUGGGCACACUUUUCUUUGCCCUCUUUUCUUUUCCUCACACCCUCCUUCCCAAAUCUGCCUGAGCAAACACUGAGCAAAAGAAGUUUCACAAGAGUAUAUGAUGCUGUUAGUCUGGAGUCUCUUUUCCUAUUGGCAUUUAGAGCUUUGAUUAGAUUUUUAGAGGAAAAGUAUCAUAGCGUGUUGUUCGGUACAAUAUAGAUUGAAUAUUUUACAAUGGGAAUGUUGGUGGACAUUCAACAAUCAUAUGGAAAAUAAUGGGUGUAAGACAUGGGAUAUUCCUUGGCAUCCUGAUUUCUUUGCACCGUGUCAUGUCAUACAGUUGCACUUACAAUUACUGGGACAACAUCAGAGACCUUUGCUUUGCAUAGUCUUGAGUUCUCUGGCAAGGAUUUAAGCGUGGAACAUUAAGAUGUGUUAGUGAACAUGUCCUAAUUAGUAUCUACCUUGGCUACCACAUGCUUAAAGGCUGUAAGCCUUGCUUACGCUGUGCCUUUCAAACACGUUCAACAAUAUAGCAUUUUAUCCUAGUCUAGACUAAGUCUUAAGGGUUACGUUGUCUAGUCAACCAAUCACCCCUUUCAAUACGAAAACUGCUUUGCUUCAGGAUUGUUUCUGUGCCUGCUUUUUCCUCUUUGCUUUCUCUUUUCUCCUCCUUCUCUCUGCAUACCUUCCCUGCAGCAACUCCUGUUCCAUCUGCUGUAAUGUAAGCAUUAACUAUUUAAUUGCUGAUUAGGAAAAUCUCAUCACGUGGGCUUUGGAAUGACACCAGAGUGGGAAGAGUGGGGUGGGGGUCAGAGGAAGGAGAUGCGUAAGUUCUCAGCUCUAUAUCGCAGUCAGCCUGGCAGGGCAUUAGUAAUUUUUGAUGCAUGGGGCUGUUUAAAAUCUCUUCCAUCUAAUGGGUAGAUCUGUUGAAUGGGAUUUAGAUGUAAACAAGUCCUUGUCAUCGUUAUCUGCUGAACUUGCUAUUUGACCUUGAGUGAGAUGGGCUUGGCCUUUCUUCCCUUCAGUGGAUAGAGGACAAGUACUGCGACUAACCUCUCAGAUUCUUGAAUGUAGAAAACAUACUUGCGAAUGAUUAGUGCUUUUCCUGUAUGAUAAAAUACUACAUUUUAAAAAUCUUGUUCCCCGUGUUUUGUACCAAGUUGCAGAUGGAGAGAUGAUCUGCAAUUCUCAAAACAGCGAAAGCCCUUUUAGUUCUAUGUCCCCAAGCAAUCAUGUGUGGGCUUUUUCCCAGCUGACUUGUUUCACUGUGUGAUGCACAUUCAGCUGGUGUCCCCCUUCUCUCCCACUGACAUCAGCUAUUCUAAGCAUUCUCAUGUUAUCAGCAUUUCGGCUCCUCUUUGCAUUUGCAGUACCUAGUUGCCACAGCAGCUGUACUCCAUAGCAUAGUACUGAAGAAAAUUUGGCAGAGUCCUGGGGAGACUGUGGGUGAUAAAGGGAGAGAAGGUCUGCAGGUGGACUCUGCUGCCCACACAGUUGAUCUCUGCUCUGGCUAGAUGUAACAGCCUGUUUCUCAUUUGGUCUUGCAGAACCAAAUGAUAAACCAAAUGAGUUGAUGUGGAGAUGGGAGUUGGACCUAUUCCUUUCUGUCAUGAAAGAGGAAGAACUGAAAUAUUUUGGUAAUUAGAGAACUAAUGAAAUUACCAUUGUAAAUGACAAGAAAGUGGUAUUCUUAGCAAUUAACAAAGAAAAGCAUUUUAGUCAGACUGAAACUGUCUUCUUGUUUGUAUGGGGAUUUUAUUGCUUGCAGAUGUUUAAUUUAUGUAAGCAAUUAUUAUUCUGGAAAGCUGAAAAAUUAUUUAUAUAUAUGGAAAAAAAUCCUUGUAUUUCACUCCAGUCAGGGAGUAAGCACUUGCACAAUGCAACCUCAAAGUCCCCACAAAGACCACAACUGGCAUUUCUGAUACUUUCAAAGAGCGGAUGGGUCUACAUGUAGGAGAGCACAAAGGAGAGGGUAAGCAUAUGUAUCGGCAAGAAAAUAAAGGAAAACAUACCUUUGUCAAAAGAGACACAAACGUGCCAAAAAGCUUGUCAUGCUGUCUGCUUUCAUAAUAAACAAUCCCCACCUCCUUUCCCUCAUUGCCAUUCCAAAGAAGUCCAAUUCCAUUUAAAAGACACCCUUAGAGAUCACGUGCCAACAGGCCAAAGCUGCUAGCCCUUCUGCAAAGGCAGCUCAAACUACUGAAAUAAAGCAAUCUAAAUUGAAAUUAAUUCAAAAUUAAAUUAAUUCAAAAAUAAUUAAAUUCCCAAAGCAGCUGCCUCCCUGACAUCCUGGGUCAGACUCUGAUUUCAGUUUUGCUUCUGCUAGGUAGUAUCAUUGCUACAGUGAACUGAAAUCAGGGUCUGCUAAUCUUCACUUUGGGUUGCCCAUUGGUAAUCCAUGUGUUUUCUGUUACUUUUGUUGGAGCAGACCCACCCUCUCCCUUUAGACUGUAGUUAUUUAUUUGGCCUAUUUUUUGUCUGCUGGUCAUUUGAAACUAUACCUCUUGCCUAUCAGCAACAGUUGUUUUGCUAAGUGACUACCUAAAAUGAGAGUUCCUUUUGCAAAUGUGUAUUUUAGACACUGCCACCAGAAAUUCAGUGGUUCCCUUCCCUCCCCACCCCUCCCAUCCCCUUCAGCUGUUUCAAUUUCAGGACACAUGGCUUAAAUAAGUGUAUGCACGGAGUUUGCAAAUGGCUUGGAUGUCAGGGGAAAUUGGAUCACACAAUGAAAGAUCAGAACCCAGCCACCAAUUCGUACAACAGGACUUCGCAGCUUCCUUGUGUUCAUUGUUGUCUCAGCAUAACAUCUAGUGAAGAGCAUUUCUCACGUGCCCUCCCUUAAAAAUGGUAAUGCAACUGAAAUGAGCAGGUGGAGGAAUGUCACCAUUUGGCUGGUUGUCAGCCUUUGCUUUCUGUGGUACCCCCCAAGGGCUGUGGGUAUCGGGGUGGAGAAGGGCCUGCACACCUUGUUGUGCCUUCUUGCUUACGUUGGAGAAUCUCCAGCUUAUCCUGCCAGUGCAGUGACUGCAUGUGGAGGAGGGGGAGAGGUUGUGUUGCAACCUCUGAGAAAAUUAGUUGUCUCUAUUUUAUCUUUUGCAGCUGCAGCACUUUUUUUCCCCCUCAUCACCCCCUUCUCCACCCCCUGUGCAAGUAGUAUGGUAUGUCUGAACCAUAUCCUUCAAAACCAGUUUUCUAAGCAGAUUAGAUGGGUAGCAGAGACAGCUAUGCAAUCAGGCAAAAAUGUGCACUCAAGCCUUCAUUUUGUGCAGUGGCUGGAGCAGUGUCUACCACCUGGAUUUUUUUCUUCAUUCUCUCCCUCUCCUGUUAUUGCACAGUGCUGUGUUAUGUUGCUGUUGUAGUAUUUGAAGUAUGUUGCUUAAAAAUAAAAUGCUCAUUCUGGUUUAUUAAAUAUAUAAAAAAUAGAGAGGGGAAUGAAAUUGGUCUCUGUGGUAAUGUUCAUUAACAUGAAAUCAAAGCAUACUCCCUGGCUUCGCCAUGCAAAGUGAUAUUUUCUCCUACUAGCUGUGCUCAGGGGUAAUCUGGGGAUUAUCUCAGGCCUUCCAACACCAGGCCUCCUCUGGCUGCUCUGGAAAACCAGCGGCUAAGUUUACUGCUCUCUGAGUUCAGUAUGCUCUUGUGGACUGCAACUGUGAGUGAAUUUGGUCUCUUGCUACCUCAUAUCUCUCAGUGCUCCCUACUAGUCUUGUUGCACGCUAGGAAUCUGACAAUAAUGGUCUUCACCUGCUUUGAGAUAUCAUGAAAACUGUUAAGCAUUGGUGUUAGUUUCACGUCUGGUCUCUUGUAGGACAACGAGCUGAAUUUAGGGCUAAGCUCUUCGCGCAAGUUUGUAAUCUCAGAGCUCCUUCAGUGUGGGUGGAAAAUUGGGAUAGGUUAGUAUACUCAGUGGCAGAUCUGAGGAAAAGAGAGUUGAGUAAUCUUUGGCUUUCUUCCAGGAGAGGAAACGAAGCAAAGUGUUCCAGAAGCCAUUUGUAGCUUCUUUGGAAGACAAAAAAGAGCCCUGAGCAAAAUGAUCCAGAAAUGUUUUUCACCUGUGUCCUGAAAAACAUGGUGCUUAAGAGGAAGGAGAGACUCCACUGAUUAAACUAGAAAAGAGAAAGCUGGGAUUGAGGUUUGGGAGGAGAAGAGAGAAGAGAAAAUGAACCCUAUAUUUCCCACAUAACUCACAGGAAGGAAGGAAGAACAGAAACACACACUAAAGUGUGUGGUACAAAAGAAUACCAGAAGCCCAGACAAAUGAGGUUAUACUUGAAGUCUUGAUAGGAAAAUGAGCUUUAACGUGUUGUCAUAAUGCAUUUGUUUACCUUCUGCUGAUUUCCCAAAAGAACUACUUUGAGAAGUUGUGAAAAUUUCAAGAUUGGAUCUUACUGGCAUAAAGGGGGGAGAAAAAGUGAGUGGAAAGCUGAUUGGAUGUAUCAACCACAGAAGUGAUGAGAUAUGAUCAUAAAGAACUCCGGUUUUAAAACACAAGUAAAGCACGACAGACACUUUUCAUGCUGGAGUCCAGCUUCUUUGGUUGCACAGCUAUCCCUAUUACAGGGGCAACUUUUAGUGAGUUCCCACCACAGCCACGCACCAUCUGUUUGAAUCUUUCAGAGAAAAGGUUAUUCCCCUUUUAUUAGGUGUGACAGAUUAAUGUCUUUGAGGGCAGAUCACUGUUGGGCUAAAUCUUUAUUUGGUUAUGAUUCCAUUUAACUAUAAAGCAGUCAGAAGGUUAUGUGUUUUAAAAAGAAGUUUCUUGCAGUUUCCAACACUGAAGCUACCGGCGAAGUGCUUCUCUUUUCUCAAAAAGUAAAUCAAAGCCACAGAUGCACACGCACUCAGCCUUCUCACAGAUACACCUACCUAAAAUAAAAACACAUUACAAGACAAUCUCUAUAGAUUCUGCAGCAAAACUGCUAAAUUAACUUCCUGUGAAUGCACACUUCACCUCACAGUGAAUCCUUCCCCUUUGUUUGGUGCAUGAGUGGGUGGCACUCCAAACAUCUGGGGCAGAAUUCAAAGCCUUCAGCUCCAUCAGCACUUGUUUCUGCCUAACUGGCGUAAGAACCAUGCCCACUCCUCAGCUAGAAGCAGCAAGAUUCAGACAUCUGUUGCAAAACCUCUACUUCAAUCCUUGUUUGAACUAGACAUUACACUUGGUUGAUGAACUCCACCCUGUGGUUCUUGGGUCAUUGCAGGAGCUGUGUAUGAGGCAGAGGGGUGCUGAUAUUGCUGUAAUUUGAUUUGAGUUUUCCUUUGGAGUGGCUUUUUCGGGGGGAAAAAAAAAAAACAGUUUCCUUGAAAUAGCAGGUGUUUUUUCAUAGAAAAAUCUAAUUCUAGACUUCUAUUCAUCUGUGGAAUUAAUAAACAUGCUCUUUAACAGAAAUAUUACACUACUGGGUCUUCGCUAACUGAAUGGGAAUACCUCCUUAUUCUGCUUUUCUUUAGCAAGUCUAAAAGGUUUGACUCAGAAUCUGUUCAAAAACUUGUGCUGUAUUCAUAGCAGUGCACAGCUGCUCAGAGAGCAGUGGUCUGACAGACCCAUCCUCUUCUGGACUCCAAGCCUUUUCCUUCCCACAUGCCACUAUGGCUGUCUCUGGAACCAUGAGGCACCUCUGUGCUAUGCAAUUGCCUUCCAUGGAGACUGAGCCGGAGGUGCAAGCAGGGUUAUCAGGCUGUCAAACUGCAAUGACAGUGAGGCUGUGCACAACGGUGGGAAUAAAAACAGUUCAAGCAUACUGACUCAGAAUAAAAUUUCUUAGGUCAGGCCACCAAACCAAAAUGAGCCAGCGCUGGUUUCAGUGAAGUUAAAAUAUUCCAUUUCAAAUGGAGACAAAUGCACUGAAGUUCAUGAGUUCAUGAAUAGGUUUCUCCUUUUUUUUUUUUUAAACUUGUGAAGUUCAAUCUACAAUGAGUCUCUAAUUUCAGUUUUUCUCCCUGAUUUGGGAUGAGAGCAAAUGCUGAAAUACCAGACUGAAUUUCUUCCUGCCCAGGGAGAAGGCAGCUGAUGCGUAUGAGCACCUAUUUUCAGGGUUAGUACAGCUGACUCUGAAGAUUUGCACAUUGGAGCGGAGAAGGUAAUGGUGAGCAGAUAGAUGAUGGGGCGGGGGAGUGGGCAGACAGCAGGAGAUGGGAAUGAGAAGCUGCAACAUGGGAUAUAACAGAAGAGAAAGGAGAGAGCAAAAGUUUCUGCUUAGCUGCCUGGGCUGUAGGAACUUCUGCAUUGCUCUGGCUUUUCACUAUUGGCCAGUGCCUAGAACAGCACCUUCAGUGCUGCUGAGCGACCAGCAGAAAUGCAGCCGGUGCCACACUGAGGGCUCCCUGCAGUGAGGGUGAGAGGCAGAGACCCGAGCUCAGCCUGGCAACCAUCCUGCAGUGCCAUGCAGUUUCAAUUCUGCUUUACGAAGCAGCCAAGCCCUUCCACACUGAUAGAGCUGUGGGGCAGCAGGACUGGACUGUGAGCACGCUGCUUGGGGCACCACAGCUCUUGCAAGCUAGAUAGUCUUUCUGCUACUAAAUCUUUUUUUGCAAAUGGAACAGAAUACUCAUCUCUGGUAUGCCUGAGAAGAAGCACUGGUUCCUAUACCUAACACACUGCAGUGUUUAUUAUGCUGAUGAUUUUCUUAUUUGACAAGGUUCUUAACUUUUUUUUUAAGUAUGCCAAAUUGAUAUACUCUGUCCAUCAGCAAUGCCUUCCUGGAAUGAGUAGCUAAUUAUAGAGCAGGACUUGUGAAAAGACAACCCGUGUUGUGCACAGAACAGGUUUCUCCAGUAUUUACUGCCUACAUUACUGGUCAAGCUUCCCUGUAAGUAAUAGUCAAAUAAUGGGCCUGGGUCCUUUUGUGAAUGGUUUAAGCCUGUGUGGUCCUUCUUUGUUUGAACAGCCCGUGGUUCCUGAAAGCUCCUGCAUGCACUGUUCUGAGCAGCAGAGCCCGGUGGUACCAGCUGCUUCUGACUAAAACAAACAUUCACACGUGACAUUUAAAAAAAAAAAUCCAAUUUCAAAAAUGUAUUUGGUUUUCCUUAUUCCCUCAUUUUUCAGCCCUUUUUAUAUCAUUGGAAACAUUUAGAAAAUGAACACAUUCAGCUUUUAUUAACAAGCUUUUUUUUUUCUUAAAAAAAGUAAAGCUUGAAGAGCAAAGAGAAAUCUUUCCUUCAGAAAUAAAGAAGCAGCCAGUGUUUGGAAAUACUUUAACAAUAGACCAUAUGGGAGUCCCAAACUAUUAAGCUUCAUUAUUCAGAAGGCAGAAAAUGUGGUUUGAUAUUCAACUGAUAUACAGCACAAAUGAGAGCCACAAACUCGGCUCCCUUGAGCUGGGAUUCAGAUGUUCUCCUGAAUAUAAUAACUAACACUUUGGCCUAGUUCCAUAGAAUGCAUCCAGCCUGCUGGUCACAAGCCAAGAAACUGUAGGCUCUUUUUUUUUUUUUUGUCUUCCCCUCUCUUCUCCAAAGUACUUUCCUGCCAGCAUGAGCUUUUGACCUGAAUAUAAAUUUCCUGAUAUUAGAUGCAUAUAGAAAAUGGGAGGGUGCUAGUAGUGCACAGCAGUGGAGCUGUGUGUGCGUGUAUGUGCAUUUGGUUUUCCUCAGCUUUAACAAUAAAAAUGUUUUCUCUCUGUGAUGUGCUGCUGGUCAUAGGUGGGAACUUCUUUGUUCCUGUUUCACUGUUUGUUUCUUAUAGCUUCAGGAGCAGGUGAACAUCUUAUGGAGUUACUGUGAAAUGAUGCCAGAGACCAUAAGAGUGAAGAGUUUGUUGGAUAGAGAGACUGGAAGUGAUUUCAGUUGUUUCAUUGCUAUUGUUUUUCCUGAUCUGUCUUGUGUAUAUUUAUAAUUGUCCUUUUCCCUUUCUUUCACUUCUUUUCACUACUUUCUCACCUAUGGAGAAAAGAACCCAUAAAAGUUGCUUAUAAAACGCUACGUACGUGAACUAAGAUUGCAUGUCUGCAAGGACAGGGAGAAAGUUACCCAGAUACCAUGACCAAGUAUUGCAGGCUGGAUCACCUGUUAGGUUUUGACAAAGGAUCCCUGAUUCCCAGUGCAUGGGAUGGAGCAGCUUUGUCAGUGUGAACAUGGGAGGAAGCUAUUCUGUACUGAAUCAGCAUGGGAUAGAGUGCCUAGAAGAUGUUCAGACCAAGCACAGCUAGCGCGCCUGGUUCUCCAUUCUGCAUCCGUGCAGCCACGUUCUAUUGAUGGCCUGUUGUGAUUUCAAUGGAACAUCAUGGGAUGUACCUGGCACGUCGGGCAGCACUGGAUGGAGGUGCCUUUAGCCCAAUGUACCUGGCAUGGUGGUAAAGUGAAGGUGAAAGGAAGAGAAGGUGGAGAUGGAACUGCCAAAUCAUGCCAAACAACUGCUACUGCAGCUGAACCAGCAACGAGCCAAAGGUUUCCUCUGUGAUGUGAUCAUUGUGGUAGAAAAUGCCCUAUUUCGUGCCCAUAAGAACAUCCUGGCAGCCAGCAGCAUGUAUUUCAAAUCCCUUGUCCUGCAUGACAACCUGAUUAACUUAGACACGGACAUGGUGAACCCCACCGUGUUCCGUCAGAUCUUGGACUUUAUUUAUACUGGUAAGCUCUUAACGACUGACCAGCCCGGUGAACAGAACUUCAGUGCUCUCCUCACCGCAGCAAGCUACCUCCAACUGCACGACCUGGCAGCUCUCUGCAGAAAGAAGCUAAAGCGGAGCAGCAAGUCCUUCUCUGGCAAGGCCAGUGGCCUUGGUGUUGGGAGAUCUGCCAGGACUCAGAGACUUUCCGCUGCUUCUGUCAUUCAAGCUCGCUAUUCAGGGUCAAAUGAGGGGUUGAAGGGCUCCCAUACAAAGGAGCUGUCAAAGGGAAAGCUCUCUGAUGAUGAGGUCUUUAUCAGCAGCUCCAAUCAAGAGAACUGUCACUCCUUAAGCAGGGGAGCCAGUAAGAAUUGUGGUGGGGGUGGUAGUGCAAAUGGGAGCACUGGUGAUCAGGAGCUCGGCCUCGAUUUGUCCAAAAAGAGUCCAUCACUCCCAGUUGCAGCCUCUCACGAUGACACGCAGCACAGCGAAAGCCAGCAUGGCUCUCCUCAAUCUGCCUCAGCCCCUGCAGCCAACAGUGCCUCAUCAUUUGACGAGUCUGGAGUUGGAGCCCCUCACAGCAUAGCGGACAGCAGUGACCCCAUGGAGAUGGAUCUGAGUGAGGAGUGCCACCACUCGCUGACAGAGAGCAGCCAGCGCAAGGGCCUCCGGCAUUCGUCCCGUAAGAAGGAGUGGAUCAAGAAAGAUAAUGCCUUUGACCGAAAGGACGGAGGCAAAGACAGGGAUGAAGGCGAAGGGCUGCCCAAUGGGAUCUUGCUGGGGCCCUUGUCCAAGUCUGUGGAGCGGAGCCUGGCUGGGGCUUAUGGUGCAGACCUGCCCUACUCGUGUAAGGAGGAGGUAGAAAAUGGCAAAGAGAACAGUGAUGACAGUGGCCAGAGUGAGAGCGAGAGUGGUGGGCAUACCAGUGCCAACUACGUCUACCGACAGGAGGGAUUUGAGCCAGUGGCGUAUGGUGACAACCUGUAUGUCUGCAUUCCCUGUGGCAAAGGCUUCCCCAGCUCUGAGCAGCUGAAUGCCCAUGUGGAGACACACACUGAGGAAGACCUUUACAUCAAGGAGGAAGGCACAUAUGGCGGCAAGGAUGAAGCCGAGGAUUUGUCCAACCCCAACCAGUCCUAUUCUGCAGAGUCCCGGCCCUUCAAGUGCUCUGUGUGUGAGAAGAGCUACAAGGAUCCAGCGACACUGCGACAGCAUGAGAAGACUCACUGGCUGACGCGGCCUUUCCCUUGCAACAUCUGCGGCAAGAUGUUCACACAGCGGGGCACCAUGACACGGCACAUGCGCAGCCACCUGGGGCUCAAGCCCUUUGCUUGCGAGGAAUGCGGGAUGCGCUUUACCCGGCAGUACCGACUGACAGAGCAUAUGCGUGUCCACUCAGGAGAAAAACCCUACGAAUGUCAACUGUGUGGUGGGAAAUUCACCCAGCAGCGCAAUCUGAUCAGCCACCUGCGAAUGCAUACCUCUCCCACAUAAGCCAAAGACUCCAGAAUGAGCUUCGAGCCCAUCCGCAGUGAUUUACCUUUCUGUAAGACUUGCUGCUUAAAAAAAAACAAAAACAAGCAAACAAACAAAAAAGGGGGCAACUCCCCAUACUCUGUUCAGUCAUGGGAGGCCUAAACAAAUGUAGCUUUAACAUUUUUUUAAAAGUUGUUUUCCCUUAAAAAAAAAAAAAAAAAAAAAAAAGGUCCACAGCCAAGCUGAUGCAUUUAGUCCAACUCUCCCUCAAAAUCUUGGUGAUCUAGCAUGAAAUGUCACUUCUUUCCAUGUGCACUGACUUCAUUGUCAUUUUGGGAAUCUGAAGCAAGAAGGGAACUUUCGUUCUCUGCUGGAUCCAGCCUCCCUGCCUCUUUCCUAUGCGAUGCUGUGGCCCUAGUCAUGUCCUCUCUUAAAAUGAAACUCAGUAGGGUAUUUCUUGCCAUUCAAAAGAAAAUAGCAUACAUAUAUGAAAAAACAUUGCAUUGCCCUCACAAACACUGAAACUGUCUGUGGACCAUCUUGCAGGGUUGGCAGCCCUUUUGGAUGCUGUGGUAAAGCCAAAGCAGUGAUGGAACCCACCACCCACCCUGCUGGGCUGGCCAUGGUGGAGACAGCCAUCUACCUAGGCAUGCAGUGCCAGGGUGCUUUGCUUAAAGAGCUGGUGAUGCUUUCCUUACCAUCCCUCACUCAUUUGGUUUUAAUCUUUAUCCUUGGCACACGUAACCACAUACCACCUUUUCCCACAAAACAUGCAAACCUCUUCAGCCUUACCCAUGACUGAACCAGGGACUGGAUGCCCUGAGAAUUUUUCAGUGAGCAGGGGGUCGUCUUUACUUUUCUAGUAGUUUCAUAUGAAUAUUCUUUGCUUAGAGGUACUUUUAUUAAAGGAAAAACCAUUGUAACGUUUAUGUGAAUGUUUGAACUGGAAGGUCUGAGGUUAAUUCUAUGGUGGGUGGGUAGGGAGGGGGUUUGAUGUAGGCUGGACUUGCUACAAGUUCCUUAGGUACUUUUUUAUUAUUGUUUAUUUUAUUUUUUUUGUGUGUGUGUGUAUGUUUUUAGCUUUCCUCCCUCACUAAAGAACAAGUCUGUGUGUACAGACUCGUUACCUUUGCUACCUCUUGAAUUCAUGAGAACAAUAAGAUGGUUAGUGAAAGAUUAGGCAUUUUUUUUCUCUUAUUGUAAGUAAUUAAAUGUAUAAAGGUAGAAGCUAAAUUAAAUUAAGGGAUUUUUACCACCCUGUCCUUCCAUCAAGUCAGCUAGAGAAAUGUUAAAGCAAAGCUUGGCCAAAGACAAAGCAAAAAAUAUGCUGAGCCAGAAGCUGUGCUGGCUGCUCAGCCUGGCUCGUUCGCAGUCUCUUGGCUGUUUGUAGUCACUUUUAGAUAAAAGAAGAAAACUUCUCUGAGUUUUCUGGGCCCUUUCCAGCUUUGUUUAUUGAAUCUGGAUACUAUGGGGAGAGGAAAAUGCCCCCCUCAUCUUCCACUCCCCCAGCACAUCUGGGUCAGUCUGUAAACACCUGGCAGGACAGAGGGUGAGGGCAUAGCAGUCUAUAAUUUACUAGAAUCCAGAGUGCAAUAAGGUGGAGGAGAGGAGGAAAAAGCAAACCAAAGUGUUUCAUAUCCUCCUUUUUACACAGUUUAACACACGCACACAAAAAGAAAGAAAAAUGAAAAGAAACAAAAUGUUCUUGCAACAUCUGCAUAAGACAUCACAGCCAACAGCUGCUAUUGGUUUAGGAGAAGAGACAGAGAACUCAGCCCACCAAUUCUUGGCCCCCUUGACUUUGUUGGCGUGACCUUGUGGAAAGCUAUGGCUUAUUUCAAGCCUCCUGUGACUGUGGUGGUAAAAAUUCACAGCCAGUAGAAUCAUCCCUUCUGAAUUGAGAAGUUUACACUUGUAUUUUUUCUCUCUCCUUUUUUUUUUUCCCCACUCAAACCAGUAUAGUCUCUGAAUAGGGUUUACCAAACCUCACAUUUUAUCUUUUUUUAAAAAAUAAACUUUUUUUUUUAAGUUUUGACCAAAAAAGAAAGAAAGAAAGAAAAAGAAAAAAAAGUGAGCAUGUUUGUCUAAAACUAAGAAAUAUAAGCUUCUUUUUUUUUUUUUCUUUUCUUUUUUUUUGUUAAGAUGGACUAGUCCAAAAGAAGUUUUUGGGUCAGUUGAAUGAACUGAGGAAACUGGAAUCCAGGCUCCAAGCAAUAGACUAACUGAGCUGCGCCUUGGCCUGGUGUCACAUUACAGGGAACACGCUGCCCCUCUCCUGCCCACUCUGCUGUGCUGUUUGCUCGUGCUAUUGUCUGCCUGCUCUGGCCCCACUGUGACUUGGGGCAUGAGGGGAGCACGGACUUUCCAUUUCUCAUCAUGCUGAAGCACGCUCUUUUCUUCUGGGGGGGCUAGGUGUGUUUUUAGUGUCUUUAGCACUUCCACAUUUGAAUUUAUAUUGAAUUUUUCUUCCCUCAGUUCCCAGCCAACCCCCUCCCUAAGAACAUCCCCAGAAUCAUCUUUGGGGAAAAGAGGGAAGGCCUUGCCAUCUACCUUCUUCUCGAAGUAAGUCCCAGCGGGGCUUAAGGACAGCCAUACAAAAUUAGUUCCAAGGCACUUUCACACUGCCUUCACCUUCCCUCCAGCAGCCUGAAAGCUGAGCUCAAUCUCAUGCUGCCUCUGGCUGCUGCCACAGCAGAGCCUCCUUUUCUGCUGGCUGGCUCGGAACCCACCAAGUCCCGAUUUUGACAAUUAUCUUUAGCUCUCCUAGUGAGAAACGUUGCUGGCAGUAAGCUCUGCCUCUGCAGUAGGUUUUGGGCACCAUUUUCCCCCCUUUGCUCAUAGCCCCACAGUUUGUUGUGGUGAUGGGGUAAGUGGGAGGGGAGCUGUGCAGAGGCCAUAGGAUGCAGCUGGAGCUGGGGCUGCCGAGCCAAGGCAUGGAGCACCCACAGCUCAGGGAAGCACGGUCAGAUCCAAAGUGGGCAACCAACCUGCUCCCCCUCGUUUAAUUCCAUUUUUACAAGCAUGCGUGUGAGUGAUGUAGCUUCUCCUUCCCCUUCUAGGUACCUUCUUCAUUUCUUUCUUAAGCUUUGAGAAUCAUUUUGAAAUUUCAGGACCCAAUGCUUUUUUUUUUUUUUUUUUCCCCAGAAUGGCUUUUUUACUUUAUCCCUCUCCCCCAGCACUUAAACAAUACGACUAAAGUCUGUGUACAGCAAGAGUAUUGUACAAAAGGAAAUUUUGUUCUUUUUUCAAGUAGCUGCGUAAAGUUGUGUUCCGUAGAUUGAGUAUAAACAUUUUCCAAAUUGUGACAGUAAUAAUGAAUAACUAAUAAUACUCAAAACUUCAGGGACUGUUUAAGGCCUGCUUGGGGCCUGAACACUCAACUGCAUUUGUACGACAUAGUAUUGUAUCAAACAUUUUUCUGUAUUUUAAUGAGAAAGCAAAACACUAGUUUCAUAUUUAAGAUUUUAAGAGUUUUAGGGUGGGGGGAGGGAGUUGCUUUUUUUUUUUUUUCAAGAUACACAGAGAGCCUCAAGAGGAAUAAAACAUUAAAGAGAAAAAAAAAAAGAAAAAGGAAAAAAAAAGAAAGAAAAAAAAAAGAGGCCUGGCAGCUUAAGCAUAUGCUUUAGUCACUUAGUUCCAGAAUGUUUUCGGAGUAACAGGAAAAAAAAAAAAAAAGAUAAAAUAGUGAAAGUUGUAUAAAAAAUAAGCUCAUACCCAAAUUCACAAAACUAUUUUUUAAACCAAAGCACAUUUGAAUGAGUAUGGAACCUCACUUGGCUCAGAAAAGUACUAAUAUAUUUAUCUCAUUGUUUACAUAAACUUUUACAGUUUCAGACCUCAACAGAUCUAGGGGCCAGUCAAAAUUAAUCUUUGUUUUUUCCAUUGGUUUCUCUUCUGAAGGCUAUUGCAGAUUCCCCAAUUCGGGAGGGGGGAACUGCAAGCCAGCCUGCAUUCCAACACUGCUCAGUGAGGGUGGGGAGGGAGAGCAGUCAGAACUAUGUCACGUAGGUUUAGGACUUUUUGUCUCCAGCCCAUGAGGGAUGCUGCUGUGCAAGGCCCAGGCCCUCAUACUGUGCAGGCUCAGCUGCUAAGGCCCACAGCCUGCAGCCAUGGGGAACAGCCAACUUCUUCCUCAGAGGACCUUGAGUGGGAGGGUGGAGAAGCCCCAGGAGAGCGUACAGGGAUGGGAGAAGUUUUGGGGAUCAGAGAAGAGUGUUGUCAGAAACGAGGGAGCUGCUAUACCCAGCUCAUCUCCCUCGGGCUAGCAAUCACUGAGCUAGGUUUAGCUGUUUUCCUGCCCUUACUGCAAGACCUCCAAAACCAAAUUCCUGGCAAAAAUAAAUGAAAGCCCAGCUCUGUGCAUUUGGGGAAGUUAGCAGGAGCCACAAAGAUCACAGAAAACACCAAAGAGCUAUUGACACGCAGCUUCUGUGAAGCUCUGUGGCUGCUGAUGUGGAAGAAUAUGCACAACUCUGUGCCACGCUCUGCGUCAGCACGGGCUGCGCAGAGGCGGCAUCUCCCUGUGAAAUGCAGUGGUGGCCAGGGAAGCUUUACUGGUCUGGGGUGAGGGCACGAGCGCAGACACGUAGCUCCCUUCUUCUAUCCAGAGCUGCCCUGGGGCCUGAGCUAUGCUGUUCUGACUAUCUGAGCCACCUUUUAAUUAAACAGCCGGAGUGAUUCACUCCAUACCUUGCAGUCACGUGCAAAGACACCAACCAAAAACCAUAAGGCUUUCUAGGUGAAACUUAAGAUAGAUUUGCAUGUUAGAAGAGUCUAAUGAUGACCAAUGAAGAUGGUUUGCAAAAAUAUUGCUGAAGCCAAAAAAAAAGAAAGGAUUGUUUUUUAGAAAACCUCUCCAUCAUUAGUCUUGACCCUUUGUAGCUUUUACCUUCUACACCAAAGCCACCUCAAACAUUUGAUGGGGGGGCUGAUGGAAAAUGAAAUAUUAAUUUUGCCUGGUCUUAAUAUCUAACAAAGAUGGUGCAAACACUAUUUGACAGUGUUGUUUUUGUAUCAAGAUGUAUGUGCAGUAAUGAAUGUAUUUAUUUCUCAGAUUCUGUAUGCACAGUUUUGCAAUGUAAUUCAGAAAGUUGCAAACACAAAGAUGUGUCUGCAGGGUCUACUCUACAGGAUUUCAAAAAAAUGAAAAAAAAUAUAUUUAAAAAAAAAAAAAAAAAAAAAAAAAAAGAAU